AAUGAACUUCAGGUUCUCUUUACUUGGGGAGACUUCUGAAUCUGAGAACCUGGCGGCGGUUCAACGACCCCGUCCUCGGGGUCCCCAGGGGACAUCUUCCGGAGAGUCCGACUGUCUGGGGCGAAGGCGCAGGGAAAGCAGGGAGUGAGGGGGCGAGGGACGCGGGCCCCGAAAGCCAACCCAACCCGGCCUCGCUCCCCUCCGGUGGAAACUUCCCCGGCCGCGAGCAGGGCAGGAGAGGGCGGCGGGGCGGCGGUUCCCCUCGCGAAGACAGAGAACUGCGCGCGCGAGGCUCGGGGCGCGCGGCGAGCGCGGCGGCCGCCGCCUCCUCCCCUCCCCGCCUCCGGUGGCGCUGCCUCCUCCCUCCGCCCGGCUCGGCCUCCCUUGCUCCCUCCUCUCGUGGCUGGCUCCAGCGGCGGCGUCGGCGGCGGGCGGGGAGGGCGUGCGCCGGUCGAGAGGUGUCGGCGGCGAGGGGAGGGAAGGGAAGUUUCAAGUGGAAGGUCGUCCGCCGGCCGGCGCGUCUUCUCGCUCUCCUCCGGCAGCAUCAUGGCGGAGCCGAGCGGCUCGCCCGUGCACGUCCAGCAGCCCCAGCAGGCGGCCCCGGUGACACCGGCGGCGGCGGCCCCGGCGGCCGCGACAGCAGCGCCGGCUCCGGUGGCGCCCGUGGCCCCAGCCCCGGCGGCGCAGGCGGUCGGCUGGCCCAUCUGCAGGGACGCGUACGAGCUGCAGGAGGUUAUCGGCAGUGGCGCUACAGCUGUCGUUCAGGCUGCUCUAUGUAAACCCAGGCAAGAACGUGUAGCAAUAAAGCGGAUCAACUUGGAAAAAUGCCAGACCAGCAUGGAUGAACUAUUAAAAGAAAUUCAAGCCAUGAGUCAGUGCAGCCAUCCCAACGUAGUGACCUAUUACACCUCUUUUGUGGUAAAAGAUGAACUUUGGCUGGUCAUGAAAUUACUAAGUGGAGGUUCAAUGUUGGAUAUCAUAAAAUACAUCAUAAACCGAGGAGAACACAAGAACGGAGUUCUGGAAGAGGCAAUAAUAGCAACAAUUCUUAAAGAGGUUUUGGAAGGCUUAGACUAUCUACACAGAAAUGGUCAGAUUCACAGGGAUUUGAAAGCUGGUAAUAUUCUUCUGGGUGAGGAUGGCUCAGUACAAAUAGCAGAUUUUGGGGUAAGUGCUUUCUUAGCAACAGGGGGUGAUGUUACCCGGAAUAAAGUAAGAAAAACAUUUGUUGGCACCCCGUGUUGGAUGGCCCCUGAAGUCAUGGAACAGGUGAGAGGCUAUGACUUCAAGGCUGACAUGUGGAGUUUUGGAAUAACUGCCAUUGAACUAGCCACAGGAGCAGCGCCUUAUCACAAAUAUCCUCCUAUGAAAGUGUUGAUGCUGACUUUGCAAAAUGAUCCACCCACUUUAGAAACAGGAGUAGAGGAUAAGGAGAUGAUGAAAAAGUACGGCAAGUCCUUUAGAAAAUUACUUUCACUGUGUCUUCAGAAAGAUCCCUCCAAAAGGCCCACAGCAGCAGAACUUUUAAAAUGCAAAUUCUUCCAGAAAGCCAAGAACAGAGAGUACCUGAUUGAGAAGCUGCUUACAAGAACACCAGACAUAGCCCAAAGAGCCAAAAAGGUGAGAAGAGUUCCGGGGUCAAGCGGUCACCUUCAUAAAACCGAAGACGGUGACUGGGAGUGGAGUGACGACGAGAUGGAUGAAAAAAGUGAAGAAGGGAAAGCAGCUUUUUCGCAAGAAAAGUCACGAAGAGUAAAAGAAGAAAAUCCAGAGAUCGCGGUGAACGCCAGCAGCAUACCCAAGCAGAUACAAUCCCUGUCUGUGCAGGACUCUCAGGGCUUACUCAAUGCUAGUGAAGACUACAGAGAAGCUUCUUGUGCCGUGAACCUAGUUUUAAGAUUAAGGAACUCCAGAAAGGAACUUAAUGAUAUACGAUUUGAGUUUACUCCAGGAAGAGAUACGGCAGAUGGCGUUUCUCAGGAGCUCUUCUCUGCUGGCUUAGUCGAUGGUCAUGAUGUAGUUAUAGUGGCUGCUAAUUUACAGAAGAUUGUAGAUGAUCCCAAAGCUUUAAAAACAUUGACAUUUAAGUUGGCUUCUGGCUGUGAUGGGUCGGAGAUUCCCGACGAAGUGAAGCUGAUUGGGUUUGCUCAGUUGAGUGUCAGCUGAUGUCUGUCCCUUGAUGUCACCCUGAUCUGCCAUGCCUACCCCUCGCUGUGCCCUCCCCCCAACCUUUCCCUCUCCUGCCACUUCCUCCCACCCCCUAGCAAAAAUCAGAGGAUUGUGAAGAGGCCGGCUUCAACGUAACGGGAUAAAAAAAGAAUUUUUUUAAACUUAACAACACUGAGUUCUGCUUUAUUCUCUAGCAACCCACAGUAUGAGAACAAGCAAAAACACCACAGCUGCACGACUGUUGCUCAUUUUUCCAAAAGCUAUUUAAUAUCCUCAGCAAUCAAUUCGGAUCUCCCUUACGUGAAAAGAAUCUGAAACACACUCAGGUGGUCCUAUUUAUUGGCAACAAAAGGAAUUUUUUUCUAUCAGAAGCCUAUUUCUUCUCUCAUUGUUGUCCUUCCUUUCUGUUAUAAUACUUUAUUGUACAUCUGACAAUACCGCCUCUUCUGUUGUAUUUAGAAAUUAAUAUAAAAUUAAGAUUUAUUAGCCGAACUUGAAUUCUAGUUUUAAAACUGACUGUGAAUUUUAUUUUUCAUAUAUUUAUGCAUUACACACCUUAGCUAUAAGAAAGAAAAAACGUUUUUGAUUAUAUAUGCUUCUUGCAGUUACUCUCUUGUUAUUUAAACAAAAAGUUUCAGGUCUAUCUUUGGAGUAUUUAUAACUUGUGAUUUUUGAAAUGACUGACUGAAUUCGGAACUAGGACGCUUACUCUUUUGGUUUGCCUGAAAACCAGUCCACAAGCUGAUUGAUUGUCUCUUGGGAGAGGGAGGUGCCUUGCAAAAACAAAAAAACAAAAAAACUUUCACAUUAAGAAUGUGCCUGAGGCUGCUUUACUCUGGAAUAUAGUCUCAGAUCUAAAAUUUCCUCUACAUAAAGUGGCAUAUGUAAGUUUUGCUUCACUGGAACGUUUAGGAUGCUCUAUAAACCGUGGCCAUUCUAUUAGAUUGCUAAUUAUGUACCCACCUCUGAUUUGACAUCUCCUGAAGUGAUUGAUUGAUAGGAUCUGUCGUUCCAAAGGUGAUGAUAAACUUGAAAAUACCAGAAUCCGUGUUUUACUUGAAAUUCUGCAGAAUACCCAGAUGGAGUGAAAGAUAAUAGAAAGGGUUUUGUGCAGUGACUGAAAGGUAAAACGCUGUUAAGUUGUUUCAAGAAUAAAUACUUUCAACCCAAAUAGCCCUCUGCUUGACUAUACGUUAUGGAAUAGUAAACCUUAGGAUUUUCAAAAUUGGAGUCUAAACUUUCAGGGAGGUGGCUCCCAGGUGGUAGCCUUUGCUCUUUCCUAGCUAACCCUAGACAUGGCAGCUCUUUAAUGUACUUUAAAAAGCAAAUAUAUAUUACUAAGGGAAAAAAAGUUAUUUAUAAUUGCCUUGUCAUAAUUGUUAAGGUGUUCUAGAGCCAUUUGCAUACAAUUUAAUGUAAUUUCAUUCCAUUCUAUUGUUUACACAACAAUUAUUACUCAAAGAUGACUGCAAAGGUAAAAGGAAAAUAAAAGUGUAUUAUUGCACAAA